CACUGGAAAUCCGUUCUGUCAUCACAGCGACGCGCAACGAAAAGAUAGCAAACAUGUCAGACAAGAAACAGACUGUGGAUUUGGGAUUAUUAGAGGAGGACGAUGAGUUUGAAGAAUUCCCAGCUGAGGAUUGGACGGGUCUGGAUGAGGAUGAAGAUGCCCACGUGUGGGAAGACAACUGGGAUGAUGACAACGUAGAGGAUGACUUCUCUAAUCAACUCCGAGCGGAGCUGGAGAAACAUGGUUCCAAGAUGGAGACGUCGUAGUAGCUGGCUAGUGGACACCGCUGCUGGCAUUAGAUAUGGAUGGACUUUGAUGUUCUGAAUGUUAAAACUUCACACUUACGAUGGAGGAUGUUUAUAACUAAACUCGCUCCUUUUUUUCCAAAAAAGCUUGACUUGAGUAAAGUGUUUGAAAAUGUCCCCCUUUGGAUGUUUUCAUUGUUCUAAUGAUCUGUAUUGAUUCAUAUAAUGUAAGAGUUAUCUAAACAUUAAAGGUGGUUCAGUUCACGUA